UUAAUUAAAACUUUAUAUGAAGGGGUUACUGAUGCUAUUUUUGAAGAUAUUUUGGCUAAAGGACGUUCUAGUUGUUCUGAUUGCAUUCGUAGAGUUUCCAAAUGUAUGGAUGAUUUACCUUUUGAAAAAGUUAAAUCUGAUUUUUCUAAACUUUUAUCUUCUCAAAUACUUAUUCGAUGCCCUCAAGUUGCUGAAGAAUCUUCAGAAGUAUUUCCUGUGUUUCAAGUUGAAUCCGAUCUUUUUUUGCUACCGGAUAUGAUACUUGAUGGAUAUUCUGAUGCUGAAAAUGAUUCUGAGACAAUUAAAUCAAAAACUAAAAAAUUGGACAGCGAUUCUAAUAUUCUUUGGAGAGUUAAUUGGACAAGUAUUGAACUUUUGUUUCGUGAUGAUUUAAUUCUUGAUUCACUUAUUGGCGGUUCUCAAAAUGAUUUAUUUGAUAAAACAACAGUAAAAGUUGCACAACUUAUUUUAAAAGUUGGAGAUGCUAAAAAUAAAAAUAAUUUAUUUAUUGGACAAUCUUCGCCUAUUUCUCUUCAAGAUGUUUGUCGUUAUGUACAUGAAAAUCAACUUGAUUAUAAUCGUGAAGUUUUGGAUGAAAAAUUAAAUAUUAUUUGUAGAGAUAUGACUGGAAUUUUACGUCGAGUUGGUGAUAGUGGUGGGGGUGUUUAUAUAAUUAAUUAUGAAAAGGGUAUUGAAACACUUUGUUUGGAACAUAUAGAAUCGGCAAUAAGAGAAAAAAUAAAUGAUAAAGCUGUUAGAAUAUUUAGAUUAUUAAAUUCUAGAGGCUUUUUAGAAGAAGAACAGUUAGAAAAGGAGGCAAUGCUUUCUUCUAAAGAAACAAAAGAAUUGUGUUGUUCUUUAAUGGAUAAUAGCUUUAUUACAACUCGGCAAGUUGCUCGUGCCAAUGAUUUUGCCCCUGCUCGACUUACUUUUUUAUAUAUUGUAAAUAAAUCUCAAUUAUUAAGUGCUGCUAUUGAUUAUACUCUACUGACAAUUAGAAAUGUAAUUAGAAGAAGAAUGGUUGAAAGAGAAAAAUAUGAACCACUAUUGGAUCGCCAAUUAAAAAUGGAAGUAAUUAUAAGUAGUAUCGAAAAUGAUCAAAAUAUCGCUGAAGAUGAUGAAGAAACAAAAAAGGAACAGAUUGCGGAAGUAGAGCGUGCCUACAUGACAACAGAGGAUCGUCGAAAUUUGGAACGUUUUCGCCGUGCUGAACGAAAAUUUUGUUCUGCAGAAAUUGAAUUGGGACGUUUACAUUUUGCUUUAAAACAUUUUUAUCAAUUAAGACAACAAAUAAAUGCUGAACAACAAAGACAAAUUUCAACACAAGGAAAGCGUAAAAGAACAUAUCAACAAGCACACUUUUCAUAG